AUGCGGGGCGUAGGGAAUACAGGGCGCGCGGGGCGCGGGGCAGCAGGGCGCGCGGGGCGCGGGGCAGCUGGGCGCGCGGGGCGCAGCAGGGCGCGCGUGGCGCGGGCAGCGCAGGCAGGGGAGCGCGCGGGCUGCAGGGCGCGCGGGGUGCGGGCAGCAGGGCACGCGGGGCGCGGCAGGGCGCGCGGGGUGCGCGCAGCACAGGCGCGCGGGCUGCAGGGGAGCGCGGGCAGGGCGCGUUGGCUGCAGAGCGCGCGGGGGCAGCAGGCGACGCGGACUGCAGGGCGCGCAGGCAGCAGCGCGACGCGGGCUGCAGGCCGACGCGGGCAGCAGGGCGACGCGGGCAGGCAGCAGAGGCACGCGGGGAGGGGGUCAGCAGGGCGCGCGGGGCGCGGCAAGGCGCGGGCAGCGCAGGCGCGCGGGCUGCAGGGCAGCACGGGCUGCAGGGUAGCGCAAGCAGGACAGGGCGCGUGGGGCGCGGGCAGCAGAGCGUACGCGGGGCGCAGAGCAGCAGGGCGCGCUGGCUGCAGAGGCGUGCUCGGGCAGCAGGGCGCACGCGAGCAGUAG